AUGUACAUUUUUCUAACUCCUGUUCCACUUGUGAAAGCAAAGUUCUUUCUCAAAGAAAAAGAACCAAAAAGUUCAGUAGAUGAUUUAAUUACGGAACAACAGGAUGACAAUGAGAAAUUAGCUGAUGAUUUGGGCAAUGAUGACCUUGAUGGGAAUGAUAAUCCUGAGGAUGCUCCUAUUGUCAAUGGUCAACCGAGUGAGUCAAUUCCCUCAAACAUUUAUGAUUCUCAAAUUUGGGAUAGUCUUGAUCCCAAAUGGAUUGAUUUGUUGGUAGAAAAAGGUCCUGCAAAAGAUCUAUCUAUUGAGAAAGGUCCUAAAGAUCAGUUUGAUAGGCGUUUUAAUGCAGCCUUUUAUACUCAAUACUUAUCCAAUGGAGAGAAACAUGAUAGAGAUUGGCUAGUCUAUUCAAAGGAUGUUGAUAAAGUGUUCUGUUUUUGUUGCAAAUUGUUCAAGAAAGGGUCUCUCAAAGGUCAAUUAGCAAAUGAGGGCUACAACGAUUGGACACGUCUCAUUGUGUGGCUUAAAGAGCAUGAAACAGUUUUGAUCACAUCUCGAACAUGA